AGUAGAAGUCUGCUUAUUUUUAAAAUGGCGCUUAAAACAUUAGAAUUCAUAACUGAGGAGCCAGCGCAGUGAGGACCAUGUUGCUUCCGAACAUCCUACUCACCGGUACACCAGGGGUUGGAAAAACCAUGCUAGGCAAAGGACUUGCAUCAAGAUCAGGACUGAAAUACAUUAAUGUGGGUGAUUUAGCUCGAGAAGGGCAGUUAUAUGAUGGCUAUGAUGAAGAGUAUGAAUGCCCCAUUUUAGAUGAAGAUAGAGUAGUUGAUGAAUUGGAAAGCCAAAUGAGUGAAGGUGGAGUUACUGUUGAUUACAAUGGUUGUGAUUUCUUCCCUGAACGCUGGUUUCAUACAGUUUUUGUGCUGCAAGCAGAUAACAGUGUAUUGUACAAAAGACUUGAAACAAGGGGUUAUAAUGAAAAGAAACUAAAAGACAAUAUUCAGUGUGAAAUUUUUCAAAUUCUUUAUGAAGAAGCAUUAGCAUCUUACAAGGAAGAAAUAGUACAUCAACUGCCCAGCAAUAAACCAGAAGAUCUAGAAGAUAAUAUCAAUCAGAUAUUGAAGUGGAUUAAGCAGUGGAUCAAGGAUCAUAGGUCCUGACUUACAAGACUGGCCACUUUACAACCACUCUUGUUAUAUCCCUGCCAUAAUGAAUAAAUUGUCCAAUUAUCAGUAAAACUUCUUUAUUAA